GAGAACAAUCAACUCCCUCGAGCCUCACCAGCAUAUUUUUCACUGCGGCCUCUCUCUCUCUCUCUCGCUCUCUGGUCGGGAAUCCAAGGAGCGAGAACAAUCAACUCUCUCUUUCUCUCUCUCUCUCUCUCUCUCUCUUCCUCUUGCUCCGCCAUUAAAGCACCUCUUGCUUUAAACCUCUCAAAUGUGCAGCCAAUAAAGAACAUCUUUUUAGUGCUUUUUUGGUUCCAUCCUAGACUCUGCAACUUUUCCGGCUGAGUUUUGGGCUUACUUUCCAGAACCAAAACCGUCUUCUCAUCAAUCGAAUGACUCGAAGCGUUUCAACAGAUUCGGUUAAUAUUUCUUCAUUUUUGUUUGUGCUUAAUAUGGUCGUUUGAUCUUCCUGCUAGAUCCAAAAGCCCUAGUGUAGUGUUGAAUGUGAAGCAUACUGAAAGGCUGCUUAGCAUCCGAUCGUGGAUUUGCUCAGCCAUGAAGUUAAAUACUCGCCUCGACUCUGCCUUUUUCCAGCUUACGCCUACUCGAACAAGGUGCGAUUUGGUUAUCACUGCAAAUGGAAAAACAGAGAAAAUUGCUUCAGGUUUGCUGAAUCCUUUUCUUGCCCAUUUGAAGACUGCUCAAGAUCAGAUUGCCAAGGGUGGUUAUUCAAUUUUGCUUGAACCUGAAUCAGGCAGUGACACAAGUUGGUUCACCAAGGGCACAUUGGAGAGGUUUGUUCGUUUUGUGAGUACUCCAGAGAUCUUGGAACGAGUGUACACCAUAGAAUCUGAGAUCUUACAGAUUGAGGAAGCAAUUGCCAUUCAAGGCAAUAAUGAUACGGGUUUGAGCAUUGUAGAAGCCCAUCAAGCAAAACCCAUGGGAAGCAGUGAAGGCAGCAAACAUGUGACUAGUGGUAAUGAGGAAAAGGCAAUUGUUCUUUACAAGCCGGAAGUGAAUCCAACUGAGGCAGAUGGUUCCAUCCUACAAGAAGGAAACUCAAAAGUCCAGCUUCUAAAAGUUCUUGAAACACGGAAAAGUGUGCUGCAAAAAGAACAAGGCAUGGCCUUUGCACGUGCUGUAGCUGCAGGUUUUGAUAUUGAUCACGUGGCACCAUUGGUGUCCUUUGCUGAAUGCUUCGGAGCCUCACGGUUAAUGGAUGCUUGCUUAAGGUUCCUAGAUCUGUGGAAGAGGAAGCAUGAAAUGGGACAGUGGGUUGAAAUUGAAGCAGCAGAAGCAAUGUCCAAUCGAUCAGACUUCUCUGCCAUGAAUUCAUCAGGCAUUAUGCUAUCUAGUGUGGCCAACAAACAGAAUCAAUUGCAUGGUGACUUACCUUCAGAAAAUAAUGGGAAAGAAGGCCUUGAUGCACGAACAGAUGAAAGGCUUCCCAUUGAUCAACAAGAAUAUUUUCAAGGCCAGUUUUCACAUCCAAUGUAUGCUCCCUGGUCUGCACAUACAGGUGCUCUACCAGUCUUUCAACCAUAUCCUAUGCAAGGAGUGCCCUAUUAUCAGAACUACCCAGGGAAUGUCCCAUUUUAUCAGCCACCUUAUCCACCUGUAGAGGAUUCUCGGUACAAUGCUGUUCACAGAACAGGACACAAAAGGCAUUCUGUGGAUAGUAGAGAUAGCAAUACUGAAUCGGAAGCAUGGGAAAUGGACGCCACCAAAACAAGGUCACAUGGUGAUAUGGAGUUGGAGAAAGAAGUGUCACGAAAUCAGGAUCCACAAAAGAAGCCUGGAAGAUCAGGUAAAAAACAAUCAAGUGUGGUUGUAAUUCGUAACAUCAACUAUAUUUCUUCAAAAGGACAGAAAGCUUCUGGCAGUGAAUCCGAAUCAGCUUCUGACUCUGAAAUUGAUGAGGGAGCUGUAGAUUUUCAAACCAGUUCUCCAAAAAGAAAAGGAAGACAUGAGAAUUCUAAGGAUGAACCGAAUUCAUAUGGCAAGAAAGAAACCAUACACGAAAAGGAGACAGAUGGAGGGCACUGGCAAGCAUUUCAAAGUUUUUUACUGAGAGACACUGAUGAACAUAACCGCAGUGCUGAUCGAGAUAUGUUUACAUCAGAAGAAAAUGUUCGUAUCAAGAGACAACAAGAUAUAGUUGGUAAUGAUCCUUUAGCCGUUGUUGGUCAUGAUCCAGAUGAAAUGCAAGAUAGGAGGAUGACAGAAUUGCAAGUUACUGGGAAAGUGGCUCCAUUGUUGAGGGAAUCAAAUGACGAAGAUCUGAUGUCUAGAGGCAAGGGUCAUUAUAGGAAUAAUGUUAGAGGAUCCAAAGAUAACCAAAUGGACACACAAUUUGCAGAAAUACAUGGAAGGAAGGUUGUAUAUAGGAGGAAUGGUAGUGAUGAUUUUAUUAUUUCUGGACAAGAAAAUCAAUCGCAUUUUGUGAGCUCAUCAGAUCCACUGGUUAUAACUGGAUACAUGCAUGCGACAAAUAAUAUUGGUCAGAGUUCUCCACCAGAUGCAACUGAUGAAUCUUUCAUGGUUCCAUUCCGUUCAAUGUCACUGGAUCAAGUUGGAAUUAAUCACAGGGCUGCUGUUGACAUGGAUUCUGAGCUCCCUUCGACAGUUCAGAAGCCAGAAAAUAGUUAUAAUAAAACUGGGAACCAAGUUAACUAUGAACCUAAUGAUUUGAGUGUGAUCCCUGAACAUGGAACUGAAAAACGCACUAUUGGCUAUGAUCCUACCGUAGAGUAUGAAACACAGGUUCAUAUUGGAGAUUCUUCUUCGGUGAAAGACAUAAAUAAGAAGGCUGUGGCAGAUAGCAAGCAAGGUUCGAAGAGAUCAGACAGGGAUCAAAGGUCAAAAGUUACUCCAGGUGCUCUGGAUAAGAAGAAGACUGUGGGACCAAUAAGGAAAGGAAAGCCAUCAAAAAUGAGUCCUUUAGAGGAUGCACGGGCUCGUGCUGAACGACUCAGAUCAUUCAAAGCUGAUCUCCAGAAAAUGAAGAAAGAGAAGGAAGAGGAAGAACAAAAACGGCUUGAAGCUUUGAAGUUAGAGAGGCAAAAAAGAAUUGCAGCAAGAGGCAGUUCCACUGCUGGUCAAUCACUAUCCUCGCAGCAAACCAGAAAACAAUUGCCGACAAAAGUCUCACUAACCUCUCACAAAGGAUCAAAGUUCAGUGACUCUGAGCCCGGAUCAUCAUCUCCUCUGCAGAGAUCUAAGUUAAGAACGGCUUCCCUUGGAUCCAACGAAUCCCAGAAAACCUCUAAAACAAGCAAGUCAAGUAAUGGUAGCCACUUUCCUGGAAAUAGGUUGACCAAAUCAGUUUCAUCAUUGCCAGAGCCAAGGAAAGAAAGCAGCGGUGUUACUCCUGAUUCAAAGGCCUCCAUGGCACAUAUCAGAAGAUUAUCAGAACCUAAAAUAAGCAGCAGUCCUGGUGUAGUUCCUGUGAAAACGCGAAAUGCUCAGUUGGUAUCAAAGUCAAAGGGGUCUAAUGAGCCUGAUAGCAAAAAAAUAUCUGCUAUUAUGAGCCUUGAUAAAAGCAAGGCUGCAACUCUUCCUGAACUGAGGAUCAGAACAUCAAAAGGGCCUUCUGAUGUAGGCCGGAAUAAAUCAGCAGCCAAAGAGAUAACAAACAAAACAAAUGGGAACAAGUUUUCUGUAACAGGAAGUAACAGUGACAAAAACACACAUCAAAAUGAAGAGGACGAAAACCCAGUAAUUGAAAAGACUGUUGUGAUGCUUGAGUGUGAGAAACCAUCUAUUCCUGUUGUACAUGAAUCAGAAGAAAGUAAGGGGGUGCAACAAGAACAUUAUGAGAGUAAUGACAAGGUGGAGAAAACUGAAAUGAUUUCAGGGUAUGCAGCUAUUCGUGCACCACCUUCUCCUGUGGAUGUAGUUGAUACAAAACCAAUCCAAGGCCAAUUACAAGAACAACCUUCUGAGGUAUUGACAUGUCAGGCAGAGAAGGAACUGGCGGAAUCUUCAAGCCUGAGUGUAGCCAGAAAACCAUACCAAGCGCCUUAUGCCCGGGUCUCUUCUUUGGAAGACCCUUGUACUGAAAACACAGAUUAUGUGAAAGCACCUUCAACUAGCAUAGAGGCAGUCACAAAGGGUGUUGAAAUGGCUAGAGCACAAGUAUCUGGUUUUCAAAACCUGAAUUUGGAAAGUAUUCCAGAAGCUCUGGAGAAGCCUCAGGUGAAGGACUCAACAAAAGGGUUCAGGCGGCUUUUGAAGUUUGGAAGGAAGAACCAUAAUUCAUCUGGAGAGCAGAGCAUCGAAUCAGAUAAUGCUGUUGGUAAUGGUUCUGAGGUAGAUGAUCCUGCAACAAAUGUAGCUUCUUCAAAUGAAGUCCACACACUAAAGAACCUAAUCUCACAAGAUGAGACCCCAACUACUGGAAAGACUUCCAAGAAGUCUUCCCGCCACUUCUCUCUUUUGUCACCUUUCCGCAGCAAGACAAGCGAAAAGAAGUUGACGACAUGACGACAUGUUCUGGAAGGAUUCAGUUUCAGAUUGGUUUUGUUCCUUGGGCCUUUGUGGCUGUUGAAGAGUAAGAAACAUAUCGUCCACUUGGUGUUUCUAUUAUUGCUAUACUGUUGUAAAAAUUGGUUACUGUACAUUCAGAUCCAUUUCCGAAUGCCAAAACGCUCAAAUAGUUUUAGCAAUAGACUCUUGAAGCUUGUUCUAGCACACCAUACUCAUUAUUAAUAGAGGUUUAUCCAGCACUUCACAAA